AAUAAAGAUUAUUGAUUUUUUAUUAAUCAAACAUGGCAAACAAAAAGAUUUCACCCGGGCAAGAAAUGUCCUUCAUUAAGCAAGUAUUUGGAGAUUUCUGCAGUUCCAACGGCAGAAUACCUGCUAGCCGGGCAGCAGCUGCUCUUCAAGUACUAGGAUAUAAUCCUCUCCAAUCCCAGGUAACCGAGUGGACCAAAAAGUAUAGAAAAAAUGGAAUGGAGUUCCCGGAUUUUCUUGCACUCAGUAAGGUUGCGGAGGACAAAGAAAUUCAUUCUACAGAUGAAGAGGUGACCGAGAGUCUGGCUGUUCUAGAUAUUGACGGAGAAGGUUUGAUCCCAGUCGGUCAACUCCGGUUUCUGAUGUGCCAAACACAACCAGGAGGGGAAGGAGAGGCGAUGAAACCUGAAGAGUUCUCAAAAUUUAUUGAUGGAUUUCCACAACAGGACGGAUUUAUCAGGUACAGAGAUCUAGCAAUCCUGAUGUCUGAAAAAUCAAUCAAAUUCAAUUGAAGGAGAAAAAUUUCUAUGUUUUCUUUAAACUUAUAUUUCUUUUCUUUGACAUAUUAAAAUAAAGAUUGAUUUUUUAU